AUGGGGAGUGACACAACGGGGAUGGAAGAUGACGGACCGACUGCCGACGCCUCUAAGAUGCCGAGUUUUAUCAGCAGUCUCGAGGAGGGGAGGGCGAAAUUGUCCCGCAACCUGCCGACGGAAAGUUCCCCCGCGGACGGUAAAGUCAAGCGGCCGCCGUGGGACUCGAACCGACGUGUCGCCCGGUCUAACUCCCGGCUAUCGCUCGACGGAGGCGGCAGGGACUCGGAGGAGAGGAGCGGCGGUGUGGAGAGGGAAGCGGAGGGCAACAACAACAACAACUGCAACGGAGGAGGGAAAGCCAAGAGGAGCGCGAGCGCCGUCGAGAUUUUGAGGAAGAAUUUCGGGGAUUCCAAAUCACCGUCUUUCUAUUUCAAAACAAACAGUCGGAUGCAGAGCGGAGACGAACAUGAAACCGACGAAGGAAGCGACGUUACGGACCCACACGGAGCAGAAUGUGGCCGGUGUAAAAAGUCGACGGGAGAAACGGAGGAUUCGGGAACUAAAAACGAGCCAACCCUGAGCGGGUUAACGACUUCGGACGUUCAAGGAGUUGAAUAUCUAACUGUUACAGAGCAGAGCCGCUAUUUGCGCGACGGUGACAGCAGGGCUCCGUGUUCAGCCGAGAAAUUCAGCGCCAAAGAGCACGUCUACUGCACGGUCUACUGCAUCGCCGGCGACAGCCGCCUCACGGACGCUGAAAUCACAGACCGCCACGAUGACGCGGGCACGUCUGACGCAGCACAAAUUGACGGGGAGAGCGGACAGAUGGGGGGCACGACCCCCGAGCCGGAGCCCUACUCGUUGGACGACCUGGUGGACCCGUUCGGGGACAUCUCCAGCCGCCUGUACCGGGAGGAGGCGGGCGGGGAGAGCGAGCUGCAGAGCUGCCGGGUGUGCCUGGUGGAGAAAACCAUCGCACUCCUGCCCUGCUGCUGGAAGGCCGUGUGCGAUGAGUGUCUGAAAAUCUACGUCACCUCCCAGCUGUGGGCGGGCAAGGCGCUCAUCCGAUGUCCCAUCACAGAGUGCAGUGGCACCCUGGAGGAGGGGAUGGUGAUCUCCCAUUUGGCCAGCGAAGAGGUGGCAAAGUACCGAUACUUUUUGGAGCUGAGUCAGCUGGACUCCAGCACUAAGCCCUGCCCCCAGUGCAGCCAUUUCACCUCCCUGAAGACGCACAACCCAAACCGCUCAGAACACAAGUACAAGAUCCAGUGUAGCAACUGCCAGUUUGUGUGGUGCUUUAAAUGCCACGCGCCGUGGCACAACGGACUCAAAUGCCGCGAGUACAGGAAAGGCGACAAGCUGUUACGGACCUGGGCCAGUGUCAUAGAGCAUGGACAAAGAAACGCCCAGAAGUGCCCACAGUGCAAAAUUCAUAUUCAGCGCACAGAGGGCUGCGAUCACAUGACCUGCGCACAGUGUAACACUAACUUCUGUUACCGCUGUGGAGAGCGCUACCGACACCUGAGGUUUUUUGGGGACCAUACUUCCAACCUCAGUGUGUUUGGCUGCAAGUAUCGCUAUCUCCCUGAUAAGCCUCACCUCAGAAGGCUGGUCAGAGGGUCUGUCUGUGCCACAAAGGUGCUGAUAACUCCGGUGGUCAUCCUGCUGGUCGUAGUGCUCGGAGCUCUUGCACUGGUGAUAGGUCUGGUGGCUUUUCCGGUCUACUAUGUGUGUAAGAGGCGGAAGAAGCAGCAGCACACCCGAGGAUCCGGACGAUGGAUCUGA